AUCGGGACGCAUAUUUCAUCAGACCAGUGUGGUCACGUAAGCCCGCCGUAUCGCGCGUGGCGGAUGGUUCCUCCUUGGCCGGAGACUUGGUAAGAUGUAGUGGGUCGUGUAAAGUGCGUCAUUGUCGUCGAUCCCUUCGUCGAAAAAGAAUUAACUGCGUCAACGGGAGCGGUCUCACCACCGAGCAGUCUUGCAUGCGGUAAUUAUGGUUGCAGGCUGGGAACACGGUCGUCGCGUAUCUGGUCUCAAUCAUCCUUAAGACACACCAUUUUCCACUGAAAAAAUAAAGAUCGUCUGUAUCCGACAUGAAGCUGUCGUCCGCCGCUCCCUUUUGCGAACAAGUCAGCGAGCUUACACGUCUAUUCUGCCAAUGGAACGAAUGCGAACAGACCGUCGUUCUCUACGCGCUUCUACGCCGUAUGCCCGCGGUGCAGGCAAGAUUCCUGGCAGAGGCGGUGCAGCACACCUUACAUUCCGUGUCGCAACUGGACACGCAAGAAAUGAACGCAAAUAAUCCAGGUAGUUACAGGCAAGAAAUGAACGCAAAUAAUCCAGUUUUCGUUGUCGGACUGAUGUCAGAAUCAACAGAGAUUGCAAUUCACGAACUGCUGAUGCACUUACCACUACUAAAGGCUGGGAAUUCAGAGUGCAAAGAAGCCUAUUUGUCGGCGAUUCCAGAAUUAGUAAAUCACUGUGUGAGCACUGGACAAUACACACAUGAGGCGCAGCAACUCUUAAGUUACACUCUGAUACAUCCUGCUAUAACCUGUCAGGACAGACGUUCUUUAAGUCAGUGGCUCAGACAUUUGGAGGAUCGUAUUAGCAAUACUCCAACUCUACCCAACAUGGAGGAAUACAUCAUGAACGCUACGCCACCAGUGCCCAGAUGGGAUGGAUGGCCGCGGAAGCUAAACGACAUGUUCAAUACGCAUUUGGGCACAUCCGUGUUCGGCGUGACACCACCGCCGCCACCUCCACCGCCACCACAGCCAAUUAGCCGUCAACGUCGUUCGAACAGCUUGACGCCACCAGUAGCAACGUCGCAUAAUCACGAACUUGUCGAUCGCACCAACAACGCGAGUACCUCGUGUAGGUCCAAGCCGCGCAGCUUCAGCGUUUCGGGUGACCACGCGAGUAAUUAUCAGACUCCAGAAGUAUUUCCGCGACUUUAUUCACCUCGGCCUAUUUGUAAAUCAUCUGUAAACUUAAACCGCGGUCCUGUUCACUCAGGUAGUCUCAUUGGCUUGGGACCGUUGAGUCCGCAGGGCUCUUGUGCGAGUAGUGGCAGUGAAGGGCGUCUGGAUGACGCUUCAAAUCGUGCUUUAGCGAGCGGUAUGCGAGACGUACCGGUGUGGCUUAAGUCAUUGCGCCUACAUAAAUACAGUUACUUGUUCACCUCGCUGAGUUACGAGGAUAUGUUGGCAUUGACCGAAAAUCAAUUGGAGACACAUGGAGUCACAAAGGGCGCCAGGCACAAGCUAGCCAUAUCUAUUACCAAGCUGAAGCAACGGUACAGCACACUUCUGAAUCUGGAAAGGGAUCUGGUGCAGUGUAAUAGUGGACAAGCCAGCUCAUCGUUCACGCAAGGCUCACCGUUGCUCGCUAACACAAUCGAAGAACUGAAAACAAUUUUGGCUACUCCCUUAAAACCGAGUCAAGACAGCGAUCCACAGGACAUCCCUACUCAGUUCACAAAAGUGUUGGGCAAACUGUGCAGCAGAUUACCCCUGGAGACUGUAGAUGACAGUAUUCUGUGCGGUUGCAUCAACGUCUUGGAGAAGGUAUUACAGCACGAGUGUUUUACAUCGACUCAAAAGGAGAAAGUGCAGCAAUGGCGUAGCAGACUUGGCAAUCCGCGACAAACUCAAAAAUGGCAGCAGAACUACUACAAUAAUCGGAGAUAUGGUAAUAAUUCGCAGCACAAUAGAAAACCGAGCCUGAACUCUAGCAACGUUCAUAAUACUCACAACACACACAGCAAUCAUUCGUACAUGGCCAGUACGCACAGAAACAGUAUAGCGUAUUUUCAAAAUAUUUCGACUCAGAAUCCUCAUCUACACCCUGCUUCUGUCGAGAAAAGACCGAGUCUGCAAGAAGGUAGUUUGCCGCAAUUGCCGAAAUCAUUUUACCGUACGAAUAGCGCACCGAGAGACCACUUCAUAGACCCCGAGCCUUCCGGCAGUGGAACGAAAUCGCUUCCGCAACAUGUGCAAGUCGCAAUGAUGACGGAACAGGACCUCACUUUUCGCAUGCAGACUCUCGCCUUAAGAAUGACGGAACAAGCCAUCGACGAGAAACCCAGCUUCACUCCAUCUUCCAUGAAUGAUCGCGUCUAGAAUUUACCGUAAGUACCGUCUAAACAAUCCUUUUUUACGGAGACAAAUAUAAGAUCGUCUAAGACAUUUUACGAAAAUUCUGAGACGGUGCAUUCACGGCUUCUUUAAAAGAAAAAAAAAAAAAAUUGACGGUGAUGAUGAAAAAUCAUACAUUUUAUUCGUGUGUAUACUCGCGAGUGUACAUACCUAUGCUUUAAUUGCUUUAAACCAAAUGGAAAAAUGUCCAACACGUGCGACAUUCACUUUGCGAAAAAGUAGAUGACCCUUACACGCAUGUGUAAAUCGUAUUUUUAUUAUCGUCUAAUCAUAUUAUUUAAACGACGGAAUUUGGCAAGCCAAAUGCUACUAGGAAGAUAGAUUCUUUCCUUGACUUCUCUCGCGGCAUCCGUAUAAGUAUAUUAUAUAAGAAGAAAUAUAUAUAUACACAUGUGUAAGCGUAAACACAUAAAGCGUAAAACAUACAUUCAUAUACACAUACACGCACUCACAUAUACACAUACAGAGAACUUUAUAACGAAGAAGUAGAUCAUCCACACACAUAAACAUAUAGAAUAAAAAAGAAAGAAAGAAAUGAAGGAAGAAACAGUUAGCACUACUGCGCAUGAGAAUUGCAAUAUUAUUUUUCCUGUUAUCCAUUUCAUGAAAUGGAAUUUGCUUGAUUUUAAAUGACGGAACAUAGUUAAAUUAACGUAAUUCAUUUUAAUGAAUAGACUGAUUUUACUUCUUUUAAUAUCUAUAUUUCUAUUAUUACAUUAUUAUAUUAGUGUAUAAUUCGUACUCUUAUUGUUAUUAUUAUCUCGGCGUCCUUCUUGCUAAUGCUACUAUUGCUCCUAUUACUCUAUCUCUUACUAUUACCCUACUACUAUUAUUCUACCACUACUAUUGAUACUAUAAUCGCUAUUCUUACUACUAUCAUCAUCACAUUAUCGCCCUCACCACUAUUAUUACUAUCGCUAUAACUAUUACUGUUAAAACUUCAUGUAGAGAACGCGCAAGCAUACUUAAAGGGUUUGCUACCGUAUCGCAUGAGUUAUAAUCCGCAUACCUUUAUUGAAACUUUAAUCUCGACUGAAACAGGACAGAAACACGUAUACGACGUGUGUAUGCUUCGUAGUUGGCACACAGAUCUCGCGAUCUCCCACUUAUUUAGCGAAUUUUGUCGCGUUCUUCUCUUUGUUGUUUUUCUUUCCUUUUUUUUUUAUUUUUUUUUUGUUUCCAAUACAAUGGUAGGCUACUAUAAACGCGAGUAAAUAAUUCAAAUAAAUGAAUAAUAAGGGCCUUAUGGGAAGAAAUGAGCGAACGCGUAUAAGAGAGCUGUAGGAAAUUUAACAUUAUAAAGUAGCAGCGAAAUUCGCGAGGGAUGUGGGUCGGAGGGGACAGACUGGCGUCAUGUAACUUGGCGCAACAUCGAAAUCUGUGGCUUUACAUUGUAAGCAUACAUUAAUAUUCAAUCUUUAGCACUUUGAGGUAGCGUUGCGGGUAAUGUAGCAUAAUAUUUUUUUGUGCAAGAAGAUGGACUUUAUUAAAUGCGUAAUGUUAGGGAGUAUAUAUAUACAUAAUAUUUGAUUGAUUGCAUUGAUGCAAAAUAAGAAAAAAAAAAAUGACUAAAGACUGAAUAAUUCACGUGCCACGAUCCGUCGUUAGACUUCGUAUGCUUUACUUCCGUUCGUGGAUCUUGUGUGCACGUGAAUGUAAUAAUUCGAAGACUGUAUGAGAAAAAUAACUCAAAAUAUUAAAGAUUAGCGAGUGAGCGAGCAAAUGUACGAGUAUGAGAGAGAGGGAGAGAGAGAGAGAGAGAGAGAGAGAGAGAGAGAGAAGUGAAAAAGAAAAUGAGAAAGUAGUUUUUAAGACGAAACUAGUUUUAAAUUUCUAGGGAUACGUAGCGUAGUAUCGUUAGUAAUAAUAUUAUACUCUUAUAAAAAUAAGUAUUAAGUGAUUUAUUGAAUACGGGAGUAUCCUGCUGAUGCACGCGUGAGGAGAAUAGAAAUGAACUAUAUAUACAUAUAUAUUUAGUAAUUGUAAAUGGAAAGGAUCAUAUUUAGUCGUUAUUUCAUUUCACGAGCGAGACAAGUGUGUUACUCGAUCAACGGGCAGUAGCAGCAGUAGCACCGUCAAAACGAUAUCCGAUUGGUUGUACAUUGUGAGUUACGAGAAAUUAAUAUGGAAUUUUAAAAAAAAAGAUCAAAAGCUAGUCAAACCGUUUUUUAUUUCUACCGGUUAUAACGUAUAUAAUUAAUUAAUUGUACAUUAAAUCUGCGUACCACACACAAACACACAAUACCACACGCGUGUUCUCAAUGUAAUUCGCGUGACUUGUUAGACAUAUGUUUCAUUGUAUACCAGAGAGAGAGAGAGAGAGAGAGAUAUACAUACAUACACACAUAUACAAGAAAAAACUUACUACAAACACACGCAUGAUACACAUAUACAGAUAUCCUAUUUAGUGCAUUACACAAACUCAUACAUACAUAAAAACAAAGGCCCACGUGCGCACACACACAUACAAGAAGAAAGAGAAAGAGAGAGACACAUAAUGCGAACGAAAUGAGACGCAUGUGAAAAAGACUGCUCGUAAGCGACAUCAGGAAUUUCAUUCAGCGUAGGAUUACUACAAACUGUUUCACAUACUGAAACCGCUGCAAUCCAACUGACAAAGGCAGGACCUGAAUUAAAAUGGAUGCAAAGAGAUUUUUAUUCGCGCAGCGUAUUAUAAGCGUGAUCGAUAAAAGAAAGGAAAAAAAAAAAACAAUGAAAGACCAUGUGAUUAAUCCUGCCGAUGGUCGGGACGCCGCCGUUGUGCCGUUAACUUCCCGUCGACCCAUCGUAUAUUAUAACUAUCAUUAUUGUUGUUUGUAGUGAGGCACUCGCGACUCUCAUGUAACGUCUUGUACUUAGUGCUCAUAGCCAUUAUCGUGGGGAGAAAUGCGCCGGGCGCGCACAGCGCGCGUCUCGUUCGCCGUAGUGAUCAUCAUCAUAAUUAACGAUCGGCGGCGGUGAUUCGCGAGCGAUGAAACGAACGGAUAAGCGAGAACGAGUCGACAUUGGUGUAAAGCGUUCAAUAGCCGAGCGGAAAAUCAAGGUAUUACGUGGAAAGAACACGAUUAACGUCGGAUAUCAAUCGAGAUAUGUUCUCCUCGUCGAGUGCAAAGUGUCGGGAUACCAUCGUGCGCCAAAUGCUGCGCGCGCGGAAUGCAUCUUGCAUAUAGUAGCAUUCACGAGCGACAAAUUAUCGAGAACACCGAGGAGAGAUAACUCGCACGCCGCCGAGAACGAUGAGAUCCAUGUGUUGAAUACUAGUAAAGAAUAAUCUUGCCUGAAUAAUUGGUACUUAGGUAUUAAUUAAAGUGUAAGCUACGAUCUGACGAUAUCGGUAGCUGUUGGUGUAAUUAAUUAAUACGUAAGUUUGAGCAAGAACGGUGCACGUAAUACUCUGCAUUUUCCCGAGAUCGGCGAUUGUUGUUCACGCAUAUACGUGUAUGCACAUUUUAUUAUGUUCCACUCUCGUUAGUAAUAACACCGAGCUCUUUCUCCAGCGAUUCUCGAGUUCUGGAAACUGACGAUAAAAUGUAUCGCGUUCGCAUACACGUGCGCGUUCUGCGAUCUCUUAUCCGUUCGUUGACCUCAGUGCAGGAUACUGAUUGUAGGAAUGAGAAUAACGCGCGAAAGAUAAGAAAUUCGCGGGAUAAUCUUUGGCCGGGUACUCGCGCUCCACAAUAAUCGAUUUGCUCGAUAAAUUUUGCACACCUGUAGCAGCAGUAAUAUAUAUAUAUAUAAUAAUUAGUAACUUAGUGAAAAAUUUCGGAAAAGACGAAACAAAGCGAGUUGUUCCCGGCCGAAGGCGAUCCGCGAUGACUAUGAUGAUCCGAGUAGAAAAAUUAUAUCGAUGCGGUUGACAUCCGCCGAACACGUUUUAAGCGAUUGAUUUUGCUUUAAGAAGCGCGUCCAGCGAACGAAGACGCUUUUCCCUUUGUUCUCUGCGCCUUUUUUUUUGUUCUUAUACGCGGGGAUUCGUGCCCUCGCUGGCGCAUAUCUAGUGUUCACGAUUUGCCGCAGCUUCUCUGGAUAACAUUAGGUAAACUGUAAUAAGAAAGGUCAUUUGAAUUGUCAGAUCGCUAAAUGGAAAUACCUUAGUCACAUAAGCGCGGCAACAUGUAAAAAUGCAAUUUUUGUACUGUUAUAAAAAAGAAGUUGAAUAGACACAGACGUUGUAGCGUGAAGGGACUUUUUCCAAUAAAAAAAUUUUCAUACGCAUA